AUGAAUUCUGGAUCAUUGACGGACUUGCGCGACAGGGACGCGGAUGACACCGCUGUGUUUUUCAGAUCGGGUUCCCACAGGAAGGAGCCUCUGAGGGCCGUAGAUGUGCUUCCUGUCCUGAGAGAGAAGGUGGCCUACCUGUCAGGGGGUAGAGAUCGGCGAGGCGGCCCCAUCCUCACCUUCCCGGCCCCCAGUGACCCCGAGCGCCUCAGACAGGAGGACCUGCGCCCCCUACUGGAGUAUCUCUCCACUGUCCCAAGCGAGGAGGCGUGCCGGCAUGGCUUCACGGUGAUCGUGGACACGCGUAGCUCGCGGUGGGACGUGAUCAAGCCGCUGCUGAAGACGCUGCAGGACUCGUUCCCGCGCUGCGUCCACACGGCCCUCAUCAUCAAGCCCGAGAGCGUCUGGCUCAAGCACCGCAGCUCCCUCGGCAGCGCCAAGUUUGAGUUCGAGACCUACAUGGUGUCGGUGGAGGAGCUGUGUGAGCUGGUGGAUCCGUCUCAGCUGACCCCAGAGCUGGGCGGCAGCCUGCUGUACGAGCACGAGUCGUGGCUGGAGCAGCGCGUGGCCUUCGAGAGCUUCAGCGGCGACGCCAACCGCAUCCUGGGCCGCCUGCAGGACGCCCUGGGCCCCCAGCGCCCCCUGGUGGCGGAGGCGGGCGGCGGCGGCGGCAGCGGCAGCGGUAGCGGUAGCGCGGCGAGGCGUAGCAUGGACGAGCUGGCCCUGCUGCGGAGCCGCGUCACCGACGGAGAGCUGCGCGAGCUGGAGGGCGAGGGCCGGCGCCUGCUGCAGCGUCUCCACGGCAACGACCCCCACGGGCUGGCGGCCAAGGUGACGGCGCAGGUGGAGCGCGUGCAGGACGCUAGGCUACACGUGCACCAGGUGUGGCAGCUGCAGAAGCACCAGGACCAGAGUCUGCAGCUGCGCAUGUACGAGCAGGAUGUCCAACAGAUGCUGGACUGGAUUCUGCACAAUAAGACGCUGCUGCUGUCCAGUCACUCAGAGAUCGGCGCUGACCACCAGCACGCACUGGAGCUGCAGAGUGACCACAGCCACUUCGCCCUCAGCUGCAUGGAUGUGUAUGUGAAUGUGAGCCGUAUCAUGUCUCUGGGGAACCGGCUGCUGGAGUUGGGCCACACGUCGGCGCAGCAGAUCCAGCAGCUGUCGGGUCAGCUGGAGCAGGAGUGGAGGUCCUUCGCGGGGGCCCUGGACGAGCGCAGCUGCCUGCUGGAGGGCUCCGCAGCGUUCCACCACCGGGCAGAGCAGUACCUGGGCAGUGUGGGCUCCUGGAGGGAGGCCUGUGGGGAGGAGAAGCUGCCCUGUGAGCUGCAGGACCUGGAGGAUGCCAUCCUACAGCACCAGAACCUCUACGAGCUCUUCAGCACCGCUUACACUAAGGUGAGCCAGGAGGGGAAAUCUCUGCUGGAGCGGUUGCAGCGCCCCCUAUCUGUGGCGGGCGCUGACGCGACGGCGCCCUCUGCCAGCAUGUCCCAGACGGUGCGGGCGGUGCUGGAGGUGGUGCACGAGGUGCUCCGCCAGCAGAGGGAGCUAGAGAGCGCCUGGCAGCAGCGCAAGCUACGCCUGCACCAGCGCCUGCAGCUGUGUGUGUUCCAGCAGGACGUCAAACAGGUGCUGGACUGGAUUGAAGACCACGGUGAGGUGUUCCUGAGUAAGCACACAGGUGUGGGCAGGUCUCUGCAGAGAGCACGAGCACUACAGAAGCGCCAGCAGGACUUUGAAGAGGUGGCUCAGAACACGUUCACUAAUGCGGAGCGUCUGCUGGAGGCCGCGGAGCUGCUGGGUCAGACGCGCGAGUGUGACCCGCAGGAGAUCCAGCAGGCCGGUCAGCAGCUGCAGCACAGGCUGCAGGAGUUCGCCCAGCGCGUCCAGCUGCGCCGCAACCUGCUCAACACCUCCGUCGCCUUCCACACACACGGCAAAGAGAUGUGGGUGUGGCUGGAGGAUGUGCAGGCGGAGCUUCAGGAGGAAGUGAGGGCCGACUCCGUGGAUGCGGUGGAGGAGCUGAUCACUCGCUGCGACCAGCUGCAGAACAGCCGCGAGCAGGCCGCUACCACUCUCAACCAGCAGGGGGAGGACUUGCUCCAGCAGCUCAGGUCGUGUGCGGUGAGUGGGGGCAAGGCCCCCCCCAGCAGCUCGGCGGCGCACGUGCGUAGCGUGCUGCAGCAGGUGGGGGGGGUGGAGGCGCAGGUGGAGGACCAGCUGAGGGAGAGGAGGGGCCAGCUGGAGCUGCUGCUGACGCUACGCACCUUCGAGAGGGACGCCGCGCAGGUGACGUCGGUGGCCCAGUCGGGCGAGGAGGGUGAGGACGAGGCCAACGUGGAGCAGCAGCUGCAGCACUUCACGGAGAACACACUGCGUCUGAAGAAGCGCUACACACACACCACCCACCAGGGGCAGCAGCUGCUCAUGCAGCUCCGAGAGCUACAGGGGACAGGUGUGGAGCUGCUGUGUGAGCGCGAGCAGGAUGUCCCUGGACGCGUGCAGGACCUGCUGGAGUUCCUGCAGCAGAAACAGCAGGAGCUGGACGCCAACGCAGAGCAGCAGAGGCUGCAGCUGGAGCAGACCGCUCAACUGCGCCACCUACAGGCACAGGUCAAACAGGUUCUGGGUUGGAUCAGGAAUGGGGAGUCCAUGCUAAAUGCAGCAGUGAUCAGCGCCAGCUCUUUAGAGGAGGCAGAGCAGCUGCAGAGAGAACAUGAACAGUUUCAACACUCAAUUGAGAAAACCCACCAGAUGGCGCUGCAGGUGCAGCAGCAGGCGGAGGCGCUGCUGCUGGCGGAGCACGCGGAGGCGGAGCUUAUCCGCGACUGUGCCGAGAGCGUCGCCGCCCACUGGCAGCAGCUCAUGCUCAAGAUGGAGGACCGCCUCAAACUCGUCAACGCCGCCGUCGCCUUCUACAAGACCUCCGAGCAGGUGUGUGGUGUGCUGGAGAGUCUGGAGGAGGAGUACCAGCACGAGGAGGACUGGUGUGGGGGCGGGGACAAACUAGGCUCCACCUCCGAGAAUGACCAUGUGACCCCGAUGAUCAGCAAGCACCUGGAGCAGAAGGAGGCCUUCCUCAAGGCCUGCACGCUGGCCAGACGGAACGCGGACGUCUUCCUGAAGUACCUGCAGCGCUGCAGCCUGCACCUGCCCGCUGAGCCUGGCCACUGCACCGACACCCAGCAGCAAGUCCGCACUAUCUUGAGUGAACUGCUACAAAGAGAGAACCGCGUUUUGCACUUCUGGACCUUGAGGAAGAGGAGACUGGACCAGUGCCACCAGUAUGUGAUGUUCGAACGAACGGCUAAGCAGCUGCUGGACUGGCUCCAUGACACGGGAGAGUUCUAUAUGUCCACACACACAUCCACAGGCUCCAGUCUUCAACACACACGCCAGCUGCUGACAGAACAUGAGGAGUUUCACAUCUCAGCAAAGCAGAACCGGGAGCGCGUGGCCGUGUUGCUCCAGCUGGCCGACGGCUUCCGAGAGAAAGGCCACGCCCACACGGCUGAGAUCCAGAAGUGGGCGGGGCUAGUGGAGCAUCGCCAUAGCGACUUCUGGCUGCGUCUGGAGAUCCGUGGAGCAUCGCUGGAGGAGUCUCUGGGCCUGUCUUCUGAGACCACCAGCUUGAGUGAAGACGUCCAGCUCGAGCUCACACCCACCAGUGCCUCGGGGUCAGAGGUCAAGCUCCGGGAGGCAGCACAUGAGCUCAACGAGGAGAAACGCAAGUCGGCCCGCAGGAAAGACUUCAUCAUGGCAGAGCUGCUGCAGACAGAGAAGGCCUAUGUCCGAGACCUGCGAGAGUGCAUGGACACCUACCUAUGGGAGAUGAGCUGUGGUGUGGGGGACAUCCCCCCAGGAAUCCUGAAUAAAGAGUACAUCAUAUUCGGCAACAUGCAGGACCUCUACGACUUCCACCAGAAUAUUUUUUUGAAGGAGUUAGAGAAGUAUGAGCUCUUGCCAGAGGAUGUAGGUCACUGCUUCGUCACAUGGGCAGAUAAGUUCCAAAUGUAUGUCCACUACUGUAAGAAUAAACCUGACUCAACACAGCUCAUAGUGGAGCAAGCCGGCACUUACUUUGAUGAGAUCCAGCAGAGGCACAGACUUCCAAACUCCAUCUCCUCGUACCUGAUCAAACCCGUCCAGAGAAUCACCAAGUACCAGCUGCUCCUCAAGGACCUGCUGAGCUGCUGUGAGGAGGGCAAAGGGGAGAUCAAAGAUGGCCUGGAGGUCAUGCUCAGUGUCCCCAAGAGGGCCAAUGACGCGAUGCACCUCAGCAUGCUGGAAGGUUUCCCUGAGAGUCUGGAGACCCAGGGCGAGCUGGUUCUGCAGGAGUCCUUCCAGGUGUGGGAUCCCAAGUCUCUGAUCCGUAAGGGCCGUGACAGACACCUCUUCCUCUUCGAGAUGUCCCUCAUCUUCAGCAAGGAGGUCAAGGACUCCACAGGCAGGAGCAAGUACCACUACAAGAGCAAGCUCAUGACAAGUGAGCUGGGAGUCACUGAGCACGUGGAGGGAGACGCCUGCAAAUUCGCCCUCUGGGCAGGAAGAACGCAAACCUCAGAUAAAAUUGUUCUGAAGGCCAGCAGUGUUGAGAGUAAGCAGGUGUGGAUCCGGCAGGUGAGGGAGGUGAUGCAGGAGCGCACUGUUCACCUGCGGGGGGCGCUCCGCCAACCCCUCCCCAUCCCUCAGACCGCCGCCCACGCAAGAGGCCGCAGGGAAGGAGAGGGGGUGUCAAGUGAUGGUGAUGGUCACAGCCAAUCAGAUACCUCUAUAGCCUCUGGUUCCUCCCACAGCACAGCAGAGAGUGAGCAGGUGUCGGGCGGCUGUGAGUUGGCGCUGGUGGUUCGGGACUUCUCGGCGAGCGGCGGCGGGGAGCUGAGCGUGCGGCGUGGGCAGCGGCUGCAGCUGAUGGGCGCCAUGCCCGAGCGGCCCGACUGGUGCCGCGUGCGCUGCUCCGAGGGGGGGGGCACACUGGAGGGCCUGGUGCCACGCUGCUCCCUCUACCUGCCCCUCACCCAGUACACCAACGCACCUGAGGACCUGCACAGCAGCAGAGACUCUCUGUCCGUCUCCAGUCCAGACGGUGGAGUUUCGGGGGGUUCCCCAGGCAACCGUCGCUCGGGCUCGUCGCUAAGGAAGUGGCUGAGCAGUCCGGUGCGGCGGCUGAGCAGUGGCCGGGCCGACGCCCACGAGCGCAAGAGCAAGCAGAGGCGCGGACGCGACGGAGCACGCUCACCACGCGACACCGAGCACGUCACCAUCACCACGCCUCAGGAGGACAACACCGAGGAGAGAGUCCGAGAUGAGGUGGUGUGCAGUGGUACUCUGUCCAAGUCGUCGUCGUCGGGGCUGCAGAGCUGUGGGGAGGAGGAAGGAGAGGAGGGCUCGGAGGCUGCCCCUCUACCGCCCCCUAUGGCCAUACAGCAGCACUGCCUGCUGCAGGAGGACUCACAGGAGGACAAGGUCCCUCCGCGUCCAGCCACCAGGCUCACUAACCCAGACCCCCCGACUGCAGAGGAGCUCGUCAGCGCCAUCCAGGAACUGGUGAAGAGCAGGAUGGCUCUGGAUGAGCAAGUUGAUGGCCAUAACCCUUCCUGUUACCCUGGCAACCACUCCCUCCUCUCCUCCUCUCCCCCCAUCCCAGCAACGGACGAACGCAAGACAGCCUUCCUGAAGAGACGACAUUUUGUGCUCCUGGAGCUGGUGGAGACAGAGAGAGACUAUGUGAGGGACCUCAGCUCAGUGGUGGAGGGCUACAUGAGGAAGAUGAAUGAGGAUGGAGUACCUGACGACAUGAAGGGCAAGGACAAAAUCAUCUUCGGGAACAUCCACCAGAUCUUCGACUGGCACAAAGAGUACUUCCUGGCUGAGCUGGAGCGGUGCCUUGAGAACCCUGACAGACUGGCAACCCUUUUCAUCAAACAGGAGAGGCGACUUCAGAUGUACGUGGUCUACUGCCAGAACAAGCCCAAAUCAGAGCACAUCGUGUCCGAAUACAUAGACACCUACUUUGAGAGCUUGCGGCAGUUGCUGGGUCAUAGGCUUCGCGUUACAGACCUCCUGAUCAAGCCUGUUCAGCGCAUUAUGAAGUACCAGCUCCUACUCAAGGACUUCCUGAAGUUCUCUCAGCGUGCUGGUCUGGACUGCUCUGAGCUGGAGAAAGCCGUGGAGGUCAUGUGUAUCGUCCCCAAGCGAUGUAACGACAUGAUGAAUGUAGGACGCCUGCAGGGCUUUGAAGGUAAGAUCAUAGCUCAAGGCCAGUUGCUGCUGCAGGACAGCUUCCAGGUGUGUCAGGCGGAGACGGGUCCUCUGUCGCGCAUGAAGGAGCGCCGCGUCUUCCUCUUCGAGCAGAUCAUCAUCUUCAGCGAGCCCCUGGACCGCAGGAAAGGCUUCUCCACGCCCGCCUACCUCUUCAAGAACAGCAUCAAGGUGAGUGGGUUGCGCCUGGAGGAGGCGGUGAACUCUGACCCCGGUAGACUGGUGCUGACCUCCCAGACACCAGGGGGCAGUGUGGAGCGCUUCACUCUCCAGGCGCUGAGUCCUGCUGUUGGACGAGCCUGGCGCCAUCAGAUCAACCUAAUUCUGGAGAACCAGCGCAACUUCCUCAAUGCGUUGACCUCUCCUAUUGAGUACCAGAGGGGUCACCUGGGAGGGAGCAGCCCUGGUGCGUCCAGCAGCAGUAGCAGCAGUGGUGGAGGGGGGGCCACGCGAUCCCGGCCCCCCCAGCAUCCUCAGCACCCCCAUCAGCCCCGCUCCCCGGCCCUGGGCAAGCGCCCCCCAGACUGACAGCAGCAGUGGCCUCUCCAGCUUCUCUCAGCCUAUCAGGACCCCUUGGCCAUACACG